AUGGACCGCAACGAUAAACAUAUAGUCACCGGACACGCGGGUGCUCACCAAAAUUUCCUAACCAUCGAUGCACACCCCCUUCAUCCUACUGCCGCCUACUCCAAAGCACUCCAAGUUGACCGACGUGCGUUGACACUCACGACCACCUGCGAACGCGCCCGGCUAGCUGGGCUUUCGGAGGCGGGGUGUACAACUUCUUCACCGCCGAACUGUUGGCCUCUUCCACCUGUUCCUUCGAGCUUACGUGACGCCAUAUUAUUACUGAGUGAGCGUUGCUUUGCAUCCAGAAGUAGCGGUUUACCACCCAGAGUAUAUGGUUGA